UUGCACUGGCUUGAUUGAUGGUGUACACGCCGCUGGCCUUUGAGACACUUUUGGAGACAUCAGCGCAGUCCCUGAGCAGUUUGAGGUCACACCUGGGAGCUGCAUCAGCAAUCACAGCCAGCAGCAGGAUGAAGAGCAGACUUGCCAUUUUGGUAUCAAGUCAAAAGGUUUUAGCUUCUAGAUCAAAGCAGAGAUGUCCUAGAUGUCCUGUGAGCUUUGGUAAGCCUUUUGGUGUCCUUUUAUAGCAUCUAGCAGAAAUGUUGAAGGAGACUCAACCAAUCCCAUGGUGAUCAAAUGUGACUGGACCGGUUUAAUGGAAUGAAUGCAAACUCUGGUACCACUAGAAUUCUUAUCUGAUCUUCUUCCAGAUAACAUUUUAUUGAUGGGGGUUUCACAAAAUAAGCCAAGGAGAAAGGCCUGAUUGUUUGAGACUAAAUCUUUUUUUUACUGAAAGAAUCAUACCUUUAAAGAUUACUAAUGCCUCCACUUUCAGGACCAUUCUAAAAUGAGGUAUUACCUAGGUAAUUAGGUACAUGGCACAGUGAUAUCAUGGAAUCAUUAGUGACAUCAUUAGUCAGACAAACCUUAACCAUGGUCAAACAGCCCUUUGUAAGUAUCACUUUCAGUCAAAAGUCCCACCGAUCUAAGAUCAGUGAUGAGUAACAAUUCAGAGAAGUAGAAACCAACACUUGGAGUGGGGCGACAAUUAUGUUGGUGCUCAAAUGUAUCAAAUAUGUCCAUCCAUCACUGAGAAAAUACAUUUGUUGUGUGUGUGUGCGUGUGUCUAGAUGGGAGGUUGACCCAGACUACUGCGAUGAGGUGAAGCAGACACCACCAUAUGACCGUGGCUCUCGUCUUCUAGACAUCAUGGACAUGAAAAUCUUUGACUUCCUCAUGGGUAACAUGGACCGCCAUCAUUACGAGACCUUUGAGAAGUUUGGUAACGAGACCUUCAUCAUUCAUCUGGACAAUGGUAGAGGGUUUGGAAAGUACUCACAUGAUGAGUUGUCCAUUCUGGUGCCCCUGAGCCAAUGUUGCAGGGUAAGGAGGUCGACCCACCUGCGUCUGCAGCUGCUGGCCAAGCAGGAGUACUUGCUGAGCUCCCUGAUGGAGGAGUCUCUGCUCCAUGACCGCCUCUCCCCCAUCCUCAUACAGCCCCACCUCCAUGCCAUGGACCGGUGCCUCCGUCUGGUCCUGCAGGUGCUGGACGGCUGCCUGGAGAAGGAGGGAUACGCUAACGUGGUGGAGGUUGACCGUGCCAGGGACAGUGCCACACACAGGAACCCGGGACACAGGUAGUGAGGUCUGGGAUGGGGGAAGGGAUAAUCAGCCUCCUUCCUUGUCCUGCUCUGGGUCCCAUCCUGGAGCUCUGAUGGGAGGGUGAAGUGUGUGGCGGGACAGAGCCUGUCACUUACACCAUGCACAUCCAUUUUGAAUUCAGUGAAUUCCAAGACUUGCCUUCAAUGCCUUUAUGGACCCGGCCCUAUGUGUGUGUGUUUAUAAUGGAAGUACUGUUUGUUCACAGAAUAGUGAACAGACUGGAGAGGCCUGGUUUUGUUGAAAAAACAUAUUUUAUUAUU